AUGCAAUCACAUUCAAAAUCUCCUCCUCUAACUUCGGCACAACUAAAUAUAAUGUUCCCCGCCGCACAAGCCCCAGCACUAGGACCAACACUAGGACCAACAACUACAAUAACUACAAUAACUACAACAACAGACUCAUCACCUACAACUCUCGACUCUGAAACUUCAAGGCCCUCUUCAUCUACUCAUAACCAGCAUAAUAACAUUAAAUCAGAAUUAAACUCAUCAUCAUCAUCAUCAUCAAUAAUAAUAAAAAAUUGCAUUCUCACACAAAAUACACAUUCUCCUCCAUUUCGGAUACAAGACUCUGAUCAAAACACUGACGAAGAAGAAAAAGAAAAAGAAGAAGAAGACGGAAAAAAAGAAAAAGACAAUAAUAAAGAAGAUGAAGAUAAUGAUAAUGAUAAUGACGACAACGAUGACCACAAUGACGACGACGAAAAAGAAGAUGACGACGAAGAAGAAGACGAAGAAGACGAAGAAGACUCAGAUUCAGACUCAGAUCAAGGACUCUCUUUAAACGUCCCCCAGAAAAAGUCAUUUUUUAGUAGCAUACACGACCAAAUUCGCGGGUUUGAUGACUCGGGUAAAAGAUCAAGCACUAGAGGCAAUAGCAAUAGCAGUAGUAAUAAACAUAGACCACGAAAGGGAAGCAACACUAGUACUUGCAGUACCAGCGAUCCUUGCGACAAUGGCUAUUAUUCUGAUGAAGUUGGUGGAUCUUCCUCUGAAGAAGAUGCUGGAGAUAUUCAAGCAAGUUUGCGCAAUAGCAUGCUAGACGUUUAUGGCUCUGCUGUACGUCUUAGUAAGGUGGGUAAGAGUCCUUCUUCUCGUACAACAGGUCAAGGAAUGAUGCACCAUAGCCAUUCAUAUGCCAAUGUCCACCAUUACCAAAGCGCUAUGAAUUUAUCGGGCAUGAUGACAAAACAUCAUCAUCAUCAUCAUCAUAAUCGGAAAAGACGCAAUAAUAAUCAUUAUCUUCACCAACCACUUUUGAGUGCUGCGGCCAAGAGCGGACCAGGUGCAUUUCUUGUUAGUUUUUUACAACAACAACAACAACUGAGACACCAAAUGCAUCUGGAACAACAGCAGAAACUUGAAGCAGAUGCCGCUGAGCUGGACUCACUGGCAAAUAGUUUUGAGGCAGCAUUGGGCGGCGCGGGCGCAGCUCGGACAGGUAGCCGAAGUGGGAAUAGCAGUACGGGAAGUGUGUCCCGUGCACGCUCUGCAGACACUCAUUUGAACCAUGGUAAUGGAGGAGGGUUACAAUCAGUCAAACCUGAAGAUGCAACAAGAUUGUUACCAGCAACAAGUGUGCUUACUCCUUUAUCUCCAGCACCUACAAAUGGCUCUGAUAAUUCGAUAACGGUGGCACAGUCCACUCAGUUAAAAAGUUUAAAUACUACUACUACUACUACAACAACAUCAACAACAACAACAACAACAACAACACCAGGGACCAUGCCGGUGACUCUAGCGGUACCUGCAGCGUGCCGUGCACCGGCAUCUCCUCCACCAGCUUAUAGCUCGUUUUACGAGAGUAGCAAUGGUAAUAGCAAUAGUAAUGAAGGUAGAUUGUCUCAAUUGUCACAGCAGCAGUUGCAGAUGCUUCAAAUUCAAAUGAUUCGCAAGCAGCAGCGACUAGAACAGGAAGCAGCGCUUAAGCGGUUUGAAGAGGGGCAACGACAGCAACAGCAGCAGCAACAGCAGCAACAACAGCAACAACAACAACAACAACAACAACAACAACAACAACAACAACAACAACAACAACAACAACAACAACAACAACAACAACAACAACAACAACAACAACAACAACAACAACAACAACAACAACAACAACAACAAAAUUAUAACUAUACUCGGCAUGAAUCUCUGGACUGUGGAAAUAACGUUAAUGGACAGAGGUUUGGAGGGUUAGCGCUCCCUGAUUUAGAAGGUGGCAGCGCAAGUGGUGGUGGAAGCACAUGCACACCAGCCAGUGUGACGUGCCCUCCUUCACCUCGGUACUUUUCAGGUAGCACUCCACUUACUGGGAAUAUGUAUAGUGGGAUGCUUCAAUCCAUGGGAGGUGUAGAGAGAUGCAAUGUUGAUAAGCUUGUUGGUCUUGGAGUUGGACAAUUUGAACAACAACAACAGCAGCAGCAGCAGCAGCAACAACAGCACCAAUUUAUGGUUCAACAACAGCAAUUGCAGCAGUUUCAAUUACACCAGCAGUUACAGCAGCAGCAGCAGCAGCAGCAGCAACAACAACAAUUUCAACAUUAUCAACAGCAGCAACAGCAACAACAACAACAACAGUCUGGAUUUAAUAACUUGACUCCACCUCAGGGAGGUUCAUGUCAAACUACAAGUCUCGGAGGAUACAGCGCCGAAGAGGUUCAGCGACAUUUGAAUCACUUGGACUUGCUUAACGAGGCAGCUAGCCGUGCGCAAGUGAGCGUGAUGAUUCGGGACUUUGAGGAGCAGACUCUUUAG